GUUCUACUGACCGGUGAUGCAUUCGUUUGACGAUUAUUGGGCGGAGUUGCCGUAGUUGUUAGCGAAAGCUCCAUUACUUGCUUGAGCCAACUAUUAACGUCAUACGUCCGUUUCUACUUCCUUUUUUUAAAAGAGUUUUGGAAGACUUUACACUGCAAAAUGCGUGAAUGUAUCUCAGUCCAUGUUGGACAAGCUGGUGUCCAGAUUGGAAAUGCCUGCUGGGAAUUGUAUUGUCUGGAACAUGGCAUCCAGCCUGAUGGUCAAAUGCCAUCUGAUAAAACUAUUGGUGGGGGCGAUGACAGUUUCAACACCUUCUUUAGCGAAACUGGUGCAGGGAAACACGUACCUAGAGCAGUCUUCAUUGACCUGGAACCCACAGUAGUUGAUGAAGUACGCACUGGUACCUAUCGACAGCUGUUUCAUCCAGAACAACUAAUCACUGGCAAGGAAGAUGCUGCCAACAACUAUGCCCGUGGUCACUAUACAAUUGGAAAAGAAAUUGUAGACCUUGUAUUGGACAGGAUUCGUAAAUUAGCUGACCAAUGCACAGGUCUUCAAGGAUUUCUUAUUUUCCACUCCUUUGGAGGUGGCACUGGUUCUGGAUUCACUUCUCUUUUGAUGGAACGUCUUUCUGUGGACUAUGGCAAAAAGUCAAAAUUAGAAUUUGCUAUCUAUCCUGCUCCACAAGUUUCCACUGCAGUUGUCGAGCCAUAUAAUUCAAUUCUAACCACGCACACCACUCUUGAACAUUCCGAUUGCGCAUUUAUGGUCGACAAUGAAGCCAUUUACGAUAUUUGUCGCCGGAACUUGGACAUCGAAAGACCUACUUAUACUAAUUUAAAUCGACUGAUUGGUCAAAUUGUGUCCUCCAUUACAGCUUCUCUACGAUUUGACGGUGCAUUGAACGUUGACUUGACUGAAUUCCAAACGAAUUUAGUACCUUAUCCAAGAAUUCACUUCCCCUUGGUAACAUACGCACCCGUCAUUUCCGCAGAGAAGGCAUAUCACGAGCAGCUCUCUGUAUCAGAGAUUACAAACGCUUGUUUCGAGCCAGCUAAUCAGAUGGUAAAAUGCGAUCCUCGCCACGGAAAAUACAUGGCCUGCUGUAUGUUAUACAGAGGCGAUGUGGUACCUAAAGAUGUAAAUGCUGCAAUUGCUACCAUCAAAACAAAACGUACUAUUCAGUUUGUCGAUUGGUGUCCAACUGGUUUCAAAGUUGGUAUCAACUACCAGCCGCCGACUGUGGUACCUGGUGGUGAUCUUGCCAAAGUACAGCGUGCUGUUUGCAUGUUGUCGAAUACUACUGCUAUUGCAGAAGCCUGGGCCCGUCUUGAUCAUAAAUUUGAUCUUAUGUACGCCAAACGUGCAUUUGUUCAUUGGUACGUCGGCGAAGGUAUGGAAGAAGGUGAAUUUUCUGAAGCACGUGAGGAUCUUGCGGCUCUUGAGAAGGACUAUGAAGAAGUUGGUAUGGAUUCCGCUGAAGGUGAAGGAGAAGGCGCUGAAGAAUACUAAAAAGCUUUAAUUAGCUCGUAUAUUACGACUGUUUUGAUAUCUUUUUUUUUUUUGCUAAUAAAAAAACAGAUUGUCAUCAGCAAUGAUGUGUCUUUAAUAUUCAGAAAUCCUAAACAUUUUUUAUGUUGAAUAAUCGUCUUAUUUUAUUGUUUUAUUUAUUUAUAUAUUCGUAAAUAUUGUUUACAAUGAGUAUAACUUUAUCUAAUGCGAUUAGAUGUUUUAUACAAAAACUUUUAUAAAAUUGUAAGAAAAUCCUCUGUUUAAAUAUUUAUAUAAUAAUAAAGUG